CUUCCUUACUAUAUCUAAACGGGAAAUUGCAAGAAUCAAGUUCUGCAUUCGGGGAUGCUGUCAACUUGAUGCCCAGUGUCAAUCUACGAUUCUUGAAGCGGGACGACCAACAGCACACACUUUUAGAACUUUCCGGGGUAGUGCCAAGUGCUGCUUCUAUGGCACUUCGGGCUGGCAGAGCGGCAUAUGACAGCCUUAAGCUACUGGAGCUUGGCCGCGGAAUAAUCACGGGUUUUACAAUUGACUCAAGGUCCGAAGUUUCUGAUCUAGAAACUGAUCAUCCGCAUGAAUACGCCCAAUUUCACAGCCUCCGAGUUGAGAUUGACUCGCCACCCGAGGCGACCAACUCCGUAGGAAGGGAAACACGGGAUUGUGCUGUAUCUAGACGCUGGGAGGAUGUCAAUGAGAUGGAAAUGAUUCUAAAUCGCAUCCGGACGUUUCCUGGCUACAGAGGGUUCCUACUUCCACCCCCCCCCCUGAGUCCCUGAUGAAUAUGGCAAACAAUGGCCCAAUUGUUGUCUUCAAUUGCACCCCUUAUGGGAGCGACGCCAUCAUUGUCACCAAAGCAGGUAUAACCUCGUUAGAACUUCCAAAAUUGACAUAUAGUGAAACAAGCCACUGGAUGGCGCAAUUGGCUAGUUUCGGGGGAGGGGGUUUGAUUAAACAUGGUCAGGACAAUAGAAAAAUGAAAGACCUCCAAAUUUGGCUAUGGGAUGCCGCUGUUGGACCCGUUUUUGACGACCUUGAGCGCAGCGCGAUCAUUACCGGUGCGGGCGUUUCUAACACUACUUUGAAGCGGAUUUGGUGGAUCGGGGUAGGCCAAUUGAGCAUGGCACCUUUCCAUGCGGCCGGGGACCAUUCGUGAGGGUCAACCCAUAAUACUUUAAGUAGAGUGAUGUCUACAUAUACCCCUACAAUCAAAGCCCUAAGCUACGCGCGCCAGACACAACUCCACUUAUUUGAUGAACCUAGUGCCUCGUUCUCGGGGGAUUGCUCCAAGAAAUCCAAAAUUCUUACCCAACGGAAUCCGUCCUUACUUCUUAUUCCCAUGCCGAAAACACCGGGGCAGCUACCUCUACCAGGUGUCAAUAGAGAAGUUCAAUAUAUAUCUGAUUCAGCUGCCAAAAAUUCAGUUAAGGCCAAAGUAUUGAACCGCCCAACCCCAGCCAAAGUCCUCCGUCAGGCUCAGAGCCAUGACAUUGUCCAUUUCGCCUGUCACGGAAUGUGGGACAUCAACCCUUCAGACGGCUGCUUGAUCCUAUUUGCUCCAGAGGGAGAUGCCGCGGACAAACUGAUGCCUCGAGAUAUAUCCAAUAUGGCUGCACAGAAUGCACAGAUCGCCUAUCUCUCGGCCUGCUCCUCCGCCAAAAACCCUUCUACUAAAUUAGCGGAUGAGGUCAUACAUCUUGCUAGCGCAUUCCAGCUUGCGGGAUUCAGCCAUACACUCGCAAACUUGUGGGAAACAGAUGACCAUGCUUCCAGUGAAGUGGCAAGAGACUUCUACACCUUCCUUUUCCAAAACCGAGAGCACACCGAUAGGCACCUACGAGUCUCUGCCGCUUUCCAUCAAGCUGUGAAAAACUGCCGGGACAAGAAUCCUUACGAUUUUCUUACGUGGGCCCCUUUCGUGCAUAUGGGA